AUGACAGCAAAAAUUGAAGAUAGAACGAAAAUGCUAAUAGCGAUGAAAGGCCAUCCAGGCACAGGCAAAAGCACUCUGGCCCAAACCCUAGCCUCCCUCCUCAAAAUCCCCCUAAUCGACAAAGACGACGUCAAGGACUGCGCCGCCGCUCUCGCCGCCGCGUCAACCGCCGCCCUCGUCAACGAUCUCUCCUACGACGUCGUUUACCGUCUCGCCUCGACGCAGCUCCGCCUCGGCCUCAGCGUCAUCGUCGACACGCCUCUCUCCCGCCGAUCUCACUUUUGCCAUCUUACCGACGUCGCUUCCGCCGCCGGCGUGCGGCUUCUCAUCGUCGAGUGCAAGCCAUCUGAUCCGGCGGAGUGGAGGCGGAGGCUUGAGAGUCGCGGCGCCGACGAUCGGAUGAAUUGGCACAAGCCGUCCACGUGGCGAGAAAUUGAGAUGCUCCUGGAAAGUUACGGCGGAUGUACGGAAUUCGACGUCGGAGACGUUCCGAGGCUGGUGGUUGAUACUACCGCGCCGGUUAAUUUCGAUGAGAUUGUUUCUACUGUGAUCGAUUUCAUUGUAUCUAACGGUGGUUCUUCCACUGCUCCGUCGGCGGCGGCGGAGAGAUGA